AUGCCUAAACCGAAAGUUAGUGAUAAUGGUACAAUUAAGAUUGCCUCCGAAGGACCUAAGCAACUCAAAAGGCUUCGCAUGGAAGAUCGCGAGGACACUAUUGAGAAGACUAAGGAAGGUGUUGCGACGAAAGGCUCUAAUGAAUAUGAUGGUGGUCAAGAUACGGCUAGCAAGGAUGUUAGCAUGAGGGAUAGGGGACUAGGUGGGAUUAAUAAUGUAAUGGCGGGACCUGGACACCAUGCCCGCCAAGAAUUGAAAUAUAUGUUGGCUUUCGAUUACUGUUUUUCUGUUGACCGUAUUGGUAGGGGAGGUGGUUUGGCUUGUUUAUGGAAUAAGAACUUUAAUUGUACUAUCACAAAUUUCUCCCAAAAUCAUAUUGAUAUGGAGGUAAAUGACUCUUUUAGGGGAAGAUGGAGGUUAACUGGAUUCUAUGGUAUGCCAGAAGGAGGGAGGAGAAGAGAGUCUUGGAACUUACUUCGACAUUUAUCUAAUAUGUCUCCACUUCCUUGGUGUAUUAUUGGUGAUUUUAAUGAUAUUCUAUCAGCUGAUGAAAAGAAAGGAAGGUCUGAUCGUCAACCAUGGCUUAUUCAAGGUUUCCGGCAAGCUGUUUUGGAUGUUAGGCUUGCUGAUAUUCAUAUGGAUGGUUAUGCUUUCACAUGGUUCAAAAGUCUUGGAACUGUCCGCGCUGUGGAGGAGAAAUUGGAUAGAGCUAUGGCUAAUAAUAGUUGGUUUGAUAAGUUUCAGAACGCUAAGCUUGAAUGUCUUACUACCACAUCAUCUGAUCAUUACCCUCUUUUGUUGGAUUGUGCUCCGCAGCCUGCGCCUAGUUCCGGUCAACGUCGCUUUCGCUUUGAGAAUGUGUGGCUUGUUGAACCCGAGUUCGGGCCUUUUGUUUCUCAAAGAUGGCAAGGUUAUGGUGAUCGUCCUCUUGUGAAUAAACUUAAUCAAUGUGUUGUGGAUCUAUCUAAAUGGAGUAUGAAUACUAACCAAAACACCAGACAAGAGAUUCGCAAGACUCAACGUAAGCUUGAAACUAUCCGUUCACAUGUGGAUGCCUCUAAUGUGAAUUAUUUCAAUAUGUUAAGACAGAGGUUAGAUAAAUUGUUGAUCAAAGAUGAUAUGUUUUGGAAACAACAUGCUAAGACAUUUUGGUAUCGUGAUGGGGAUCUUAAUACGAAGUUUUUUAAUGCGGCAGCAAGCACCAGAAGAAAGUUGAAUAGAAUUGAGCAUCUUGAGGAUGAGAAUGGUAUUGAAUGUCGAUCUGAAGAUGGUCUGAAGCAUAUUGCAUGUGAUUAUUUCAUGCAUCUCUUUCAAAAAUCACCAAGCUCGCGUGCAAGUGUUAUUAAUUUGGUUCCAACUUCAAUCACCGGAGAUGAUAAUGAUAUGUUGACUGCGAAUUUCACCUUAGAAGAAUUCAAACAGGCGGCUUUCUCCAUGCAAGCAGAUAAAUGUCCAGGUCCAGAUGGUUUUAAUCCAGGUUUCUAUCAACAUUUUUGGGAUACUUGUGGUCAUGAAGUCUAUCAGGCAGGUUGUCAUUGGCUAGCUAGUGGUGCUUUCCCACCACAUGUCAAUUCUACUAAUAUUACUCUUAUUCCUAAAGGUGAUUAUCAGAAUUCAAUGAAGGAUUGGCGACCUAUUGCUCUCUGCAAUGUUGUAUACAAAAUAGUAGCCAAAGUGCUUGCUAACAGGCUCAAACAGGUACUAGAUAAAUGUAUCUCUAUUAAUCAGUCAGCUUUUGUUCCAGGUCGAUCUAUCUUAGACAAUGCAAUGGUGGCUAUUGAAAUUGUUCACUAUAUGAAGGCUAAGGCAAAAGGUAAGAGUGGAGAUGUUGCACUUAAGUUGGACAUUAGUAAAGCAUAUGACAGAUUAGAUUGGGAUUACCUACGAGAAAUCAUGAUUCAAAUGGGUUUUUCAUCUCGAUGGGUUAGUUGGAUUAUGCUUUGUGUUGAGACGGUUGAUUACUCAGUUUUGGUUAAUGGAGCUUCAAUGGGUCCUAUUGUGCCAGGACGCGGCCUCCGUCAAGGGGAUCCUCUCUCACCUUAUUUAUUUAUCAUUUGUGCUGAAGGUCUCUCUUCCCUUAUUCGUGAAGCCGAACGUUGCAAUAAUAUUAGAGGUACUUCGAUUUGCACAAAUGCACCAGUUGUUUCUCACCUUCUCUUAGCAGACGAUUGUUUUCUCUUCUUUAGAGCCUGUGAGAGUGAGGCUGUCUGUAUGAAAAAUAUUUUGACUACUUAUGAAGAAGCUUCGGGGCAAACCAUUAAUCUCCAAAAGUCUGAAUUAUUUUGUAGCCGCAAUACUCCAGAUGAUUUGAAGAAUCUCAUUGCUACUACUUUCGGUGUUCGUCAAGUGUUGGGUAUAGGUAAAUAUCUUGGUCUACCUUCUAUGAUUGGCCGCAGCAAACAUGCAGCUUUUAAAUUUAUUAAGGAUCGCAUCUGGAGUAAAAUAAACUCAUGGAGUAGUAGAUGUCUCUCGCAGGCUGGUAGGGAGGUUCUCAUUAAGUCUGUUUUGCAAUCUAUUCCUUCCUAUCAAAUUCUCGAGGAUUACACUGGCUAUCUUUGGGAGCGGCUUUCAGUUCCAAAGGUAUUUGGAGGCAUGGGAGUUAAGGACCUUAAGGCCUUUAAUAUGGCUAUGGUUGGUAAGCAGGCUUGGAAGUUGGUUUCUUCUCUAGAGUCUCUAAUCACUCAUUUACUCAAAGCUAAAUAUUUUCCUCGAAGUGACUAUUUUGGAGCUAGCAUUGACCAUAAUCCUAGUUAUGUUUGGCGUAGUAUUUGGAGUGCUAAAGAUGUGAUUCGGCGUGGUUUUCAGUGGAGUAUAGGUACAUGCGAACACAUACCAAAACAAUGGAAUAUGGAGCUCAUUAAUACUUUCUUUGACUCUAGUACUGCCAGAAAUAUUUUUAACACUUUGUUGCUUCCUUCGGUAACUCAUGAUAUGCCUGUUUGGAAAUUUGAAAGGGAUGGUAAGUAUUCAGUUAAAAGUGCUUAUAAAGAUAUUCUGAAUCAUGAUAUGACAAUUAUUCAACACCGUGUACCAGGAGUUCAGUGUACUGACAGGUGUGCAGUGUGUGAUGAUUUUGGAGAGGAUAGCAACCAUUUGUUCUUUAUGUGUAGUAAAAGUAUGCUUUGUUGGCAACGUAUUGGCUUAUGGAGCCCUUUGAUGGUUGUCUUUGAUAUUAAUGUCAGUUUUCCAACCAAUGUGUUUGCUAUCCUACAACACCUGGAUCAGCAGCAAAAGCAAAUUUUCAGUGUGACCCUUUGGAGUAUUUGGAAGCAUCGAAACAAUAAGGUAUGGAACAACAUCACUGAUACAGCUCAAGAUAUUUGUGCUCGUGCAGGUUCUCUUCUUACUAGCUGGAGGAAUGCUCAGAAUAUUCGGCAUCCUAGCCCUCAAAAUCCUUCCACCCCGAAUGAUUUGAAGUGGAUUAAACCAAGUCCCGGUAGGUUUACUUGUAAUGUUGAUGCGUCCUUUUCUCAAGCUCGGAAUCGGGUUGGUAUUGGUGUUUGUAUUCGAGAUGAAGAAGGUCGUUUUGUUUUAGCCAAGACUGAAUGGAUGACUCCGCUCCUUGAUGUCGAUUUGGGUGAGGCUUUGGGUUUGUUAUCAGCAAUGCACUGGGUUCGUGAUCUGCAACUAGGUAUUGUGGACUUUGAGCUCGACUCCAAAAUUGUGGUAGACAGUCUUUAUGGUAGUAAUAGUGGCGUCUCUAAUUUUAGCGCAGUUAUUAAUGAUUGUAGAUGUCUGUUAGCUUCUGAUUUAGUAACCUCUGAUGUUAGGUUCAUUCGGAGACAAGCCAACGAAGUUGCUCAUAGCUUUGCUAGAGUGGCUUUGCGUCAUGCUAGUUUCCAUAUUCGUAUUAGGAUUCCAUCUUGUAUCUCUACUAUUAUUUUGAAUGAAAUGCAAUAA